AUGGACUCUUUGGGCGAGUUCAACGUCUCGCCGCGCCAGGACUUGCUUGACGAUGCUGGCCCUGACUAUGUGGCUCCCUGCAAUGAGCAAGUUAGUGGGGCAGUGCCUGAGGUCACUGAGCAGGACUAUGUCGACGAGCUGGCUGUCGCACCAGCUCUUUCGACCCGGCUACCGGCUACCUGUGCCGCCGACAAUGGUGACGUGCUUUGCGUGUCGACAGCAGUCCCCGUGAGCACGCCCUCAGGAUGUCAGCACAAGAAGCCUGAGUUUGACAGAGCUUGGGAGUUCCUGUUCCUGUUCGAGCUGACCGAAAACAGAGAAACCCCCUCUUCGAGAAGCUGGCCAACCUGUUAUCUAGGAAAACAGCCCACUGCAUGUUGUACUUUGAGAAGCCCACUGGUAAGUGCUUUGUCCAGCGACUCUGCCGGCUCUGUGAGGUUGAUGAACUGCACUGGUGCGGAGCCUGUGCGCUGGCUGUUGGCGUUAAAAAUGCUGGCGACCUUUUCUGAAAGUAUCAUAGCACAGCGCUACGAAUCCUGCGGAUGCCACGCGCAAGGGCAUGCAAAGGUCUUCGGAGAUGCUGGCCCGAACGCCCACAUCCACAAGCAAAUCCGGCAAAGACGCCAAUCAACCCCUUGGCUCCUUGAAGGAGAGCCCUGUGCCUCCGAGCCCAGCGCAGACAAGGAGGCUCCUGAGAAGGGCAAUUUACGCAAUCGAGAGGUUAGCAGUGCUUGA